CACGGAUUCUUUUAUGAAAUUUUCAAUAAUGAAGUAUUUAAAAAUUAAUAUAUUUAUCUGUAUUAUAGUUCUAUUUACUCGCGAAAACAAUGCAGCGGAUGUACGAAUGCUAAUGGAUUGGGGUCAAGGCUGUUACGAUGUAACACAAAAAUUUACUAGCGGCCAACACGAAUGUAUGAAUAGUCAACAAAUAGGGCAAGCGGAACUUCAAAAUAUUGAUUCUGUUAAUGUACUUUCGCGAAAUCAAAAAUGUUAUUUGGCAUGCAUUUAUAAAUACGCAGGAUUGUUACAACUUGGGCGUUUUCAUCCUGAUGGGUUUAUACAAAUGAUACAAUUGAUGGACAAAUCAGACACAAUUCUGCAAAAAUUUAAAGCAUUUUCAGGCCAUUGUAAUAAAGUGAUAACUCAAAAAUUUUCAGAGGGACUUGCAAAUGAUGAAUGCGAUGUAGCUGGAGUAAUAGCAAAAUGUUUCAAACAAAAUGGAGGAUCAGUUAAUGACGAUCAUGGGCGUGGAUAUUAA